AAAAUAAAUUUAUAACAAUAGGCUUUCAACUUUUUUUUCUCUGGUCACAUUGAUAUGGUCAUGGCAGCGAAUUUACGUAAAACCUUAAUCACUGAUGGAAACAUGCGAAGGGGAUUCGCUUCCGCCGCUAAGCUGUUAAAAAGCCAACCCGCCAAAAUUUAUUCACUUACGGCUGUCGGAGAGUCUAUUGCCGCUAAGGGUUUUCUGCGUCCCCACAAAUCUUACACACCACCUGCCGAUGCAGCUGAUAGGAUUCGCUCUGUGGCUUCAUCACUUCAAUUAAAAGGGGAUAAGAUUGGUGAUCUCUCUGAAAAAUUCAAAUUUUUGUCCGCGUGCUUCCAGGAACUCAAACACGGAGUACCCAACUCUCAGGUGCACGAGUUAAAUACUAUAAGCGAUGUGAUCAUCUUUUACGAGACAUCUGUUGACACAACUGUCCCGCUAGACGCACUGAAGCGCGUUGAACUACCAGAGAACCUACACAUUCAGUACGAAUAUUUGCGGUUCAAUCCAGAGACGGACACUAAAUUCAAUGGACAGACUGCGUUCCCAAAGAGUUCAACGCUAGUGACCGGUCUCAAGUACCGCGGCAAGUACGAAGGGAAUGAAGCCAAACGAUCGUGGCCUUAGUCAAAGCAUCAUUUAGUUGUUAUUGAUUUAAAUUUAAUAAAUUGUGGGUUUCUCUAGAAACUUGGCCACCGCUUUUGUUAA